AUGCUCGCGGCCAUGGCAUCAACACCAGCGUCACAUUCCGUGAAGCCACCAGUGGAUGCAUCCUUUGCUCCGAUAUCUAGGACGUCGACAUACGGCAACAAAAACAACGCCCCGUUGUCACCAGCAUCACCCCAGUCCGCCCAGGAAUCUCCGCAGUCAAGAAUAUGGUCACCGGGCGUGUCUGCUAAACCUCAGCUUGCCAUCAAACUGACGGGAUCGUCGCCGGGACCGGCCCUGGGUGUACGGCCACUCCAACAAAAAGCUAUUGCAGCUGGCAAGCUAGCAGUAAACGUUAUGUCUAUGAAUUCAGUCGUGUCACCAAUGCCGUCCUCGCCUGCUGCUCAAAGCCCGACAUCUUCUGGAAAGCCGCCAAUGUCUAUUACCAGCAAGGAGUGGGUUAUUCCGCCCCGGCCGAAGCCCGGCCGGAAGCCGGCUACUGACACGCCGCCAACAAAACGCAAGGCACAAAAUCGUGCUGCGCAGAGGGCUUUCCGUGAACGACGGGCAGCUCGCGUGGGUGAACUAGAGGAUCAGCUUGACGAGCAAAAGAUCGAGCACGAUAGAGCUCAGCAGGAGUACCAAGAUCAGAUCCGGAGUCUCGAAACCGAAGUGCAAGUGCUUCGGAGCCGCUGCCAGAUGCUAGAAAGCCUCCUGGAGAAGGAAAAGGCAGUUCCGGCGUGGGCAGGUUCGAGUGCGAUUGCAGAGGAUCGAAGGGGUAGUUCUCCGAGCCUAUCCGCCACACCUCACAGCUCGAAUCACCAGCAGCAAACCCAUAUCCACAUCCUUUCCCCAAUCCCACAGAAGCGUCUCCAUAGCCAGCCACGGGGAAGCUCGUCCAGCUCAACUUCUUCGGCCUCGGGUCGUCGCGCCUCGGUGCAGCCCUUUUCAAUCUCUCAAAUUACAUCGCCGCCAGAAGAGGCGGACGAUCUCACGUGUGGAUCCUGUAACAACAACGGCAGUGGCUCGUGCGCCUGUGCUGAUGAAGUCAUUGCUGCUACCUCCGCCAUGGGCUGCGGAAAGUGCAGCAUCGGAACCAAAUGUGCUUGCCUUGAGGAGAGCCUGCAGGCUCUUAGUGGCGAGGACUGCAACAACCCGGAAACUGACCUGAAGCGGCCACAUCCACCCACGUCUCCCUCCGCUUUGGCACCGGACGAGAAAAAGUUCCGUCACAACAGCCAGAGUGCAGGCAGCACUGAGAUUGAUUUCACAAACAUGUUUUCUCAGUCAAAGCAAAUUACGGCUCGCACACCACUGCCCUCGAUGCCCGGCCAGCUAGUACGACAGCAGCCGCAGCAUCAGGUAAUGCGCAUGGAAAUACCGCUAAAGGACAAGUGUGGCUUCUGUUCGGAUGGGACAUACUGCGUCUGUGCUGACACCAUGCCUGGGGUCACUAUGACGGGCAGUCUUGCGCUGACAACCGGUACUGUCAUCGCACAACAAAAGACGCCGCCUCCUUCUGAGAACGACGGCGCACCGUCACCGAUGGAAGUGACCGCCACAGGGGCCAUCAAGUUAUCGAGUAUGAGCUCGCUUCGCCGGCAGAACAAGCAGGCCGUGACCUCUCAAGCGGGCCCGCUGCCGCCUUUGUCUUCGUGCGGCCCCCCAAGUUUCGAGCGGAGCGGUGGCGAAAAGGCUGGAGGAUGCUGUGGUGGCGGCGGUCCUGGUGGCUGCUGCAAAAACAAAGGCGCAGACGGGGUUGCUAGUGGAGAUGUGCAGGACGAGAAGAAGCCGAACUCGCGCAUCAGCCUGUCGUGCGCCGAUGCAUACAAAACCUUGUCCAGCCAUCGUCACUUUGACGAGGCGACAGAUGAGAUUGGUACGUGGCUACCUAUGCUGAAAGCCGUGCCGCGCAACGACAGUUCGGCUCAGCCGGCCGAACGCCAUCCGAUGGAGGUCGAGGCGGCAAGUAUAAUGAGCGUCUUGAAGGGAUUCGACGUACGUUUUGGAAAAUGA